AUGGCGUCCUCCACCGCCUCACACCGGCCCAUCAAGGGAAUACUAAAGAACAAAGGCUCUUCAGCCUCGGCAGCGGCCCCUUCCCAACAGUCUGGAGAGGCUACCCACGUGGAGAGAAGAAAAUCUCAGAAGUGGGACGAAUCAAACAUCCUGGCGACAUACCGCCUUGCAUACAGAGACUAUGAUUUAAUGAAGAUAAAUGAGCCCAGCACUCCCCACUUCAGUAUGCAAGAUGGUGGAGAAGAUACAGUGCGUGAUUUAGAAACAAAAGAUUCUACCCAAGACAUGACUGGAGACAUCUUAGCUAAGAAAUUAGCCGCCAUUAAUAUCUCGGAGCCGAGCUGUCAGAUGGGGGAGUCCGAGAGCGACGGGGCGCACAGCAGCAGCGUCUUCUUCCUCGACAAAUUAGAAAAAAAACGGCAGUUCGAAAUGAGAAGGAAGCUGCACUACAAUGAAGGACUGAACAUCAAAUUAGCUAGGCAAUUAAUUGCGAAAGACUUCCAACGUGAGGAACUGGAUGAUGAAAAUGAAGAAGGUCCACAUGUCACCAACAAAGAGAAGACUGCUGCAGAACCAGAUGAAGGUCCUGCAAGUGACGAACUGCAAACCCAGUCAUGCUAUGUGUAG